AUGGUUUGGAGAUAUGACCUGUGUGAAGAUUUAGCAAAGAAGACUGAGAGGAGCAGUCAGAGUGACUACAGUAAGCUAUACAUAUGCAGAGUAUUCAUCAUAGAUGAUUUCCAUGAUAUGAUGCUGAAGUACCUUAAUUUUAUCAAGGGUGUUGUGGAUUCUGAUGACCUUCCUCUGAAUGUGUCCCGUGAAACUCUUCAACAACAUAAAUUGCUUAAGGUUAUUAGAAAGAAACUGGUCCAUAAAACCCUUGAUAUGAUCAAGAAGAUUGCUGAAGAGAAAUAUAACAAAACUUUUUGGAAAGAAUUUGGCACGAACAUCAAACUUGGGGUGAUUGAAGACCAUUCCAAUCAUACUCGUCUUGCCAAACUGCUUCGGUUUCAGUCUUCUCAUCACGAAAGUGACCUUACCAGUCUGGACCAAUAUGUGGAAAGGAUGAAGGAGAAACAAGAUAAAAUCUACUUCAUGGCAGGAUUGAGCAGAAAGGAGGCGGAAUCAUCCCCAUUUGUGGAGAGGCUUCUGAAGAAGGGCUACGAAGUGAUCUAUCUGACAGAGCCUGUUGAUGAGUACUGCAUCCAAGCCCUUCCAGAGUUUGAUGGAAAGAGACUCCAGAAUGCUGCCAAGGAAGGAGUGAAAUUUGACAAGAGUGAGAAAAGCAAGGAAAGCCAAGACGCUGUGGAGAAAGAGUAUGAGCCUCUGCUUGAGUGGAUGAAGGACAAAGAUCUGAAGGACAAGAUUGAGAAGGCUGUGAUUUCCCAGUGCCUGACGGAGUCUCCCUGUGCUCUGGUGGCCAGCCAGUAUGGCUGGUCUGGCAUCAUUGAAAGAAUCAUGAAAGCUCAGGCUUACCAGACAGGCAUAGAUAUUUCUGCAAAUUACUAUGCCAGUCAGAAGAAAACAUUUGAAAUUAAUCCUAGAUACCUGCUGAUCAAGGACAUGCUCCGAACGGUUAAGGAAGAUGAAGAUGACAAAACAGUCCUAGACCUCGCUGUAGUCCUGUUUGAAACAGCAAUGCUAAGGUCGGGAUACCUUCUACCCAACACCAAAGAGUACGGAGAUAGGAUCGAAAGGAUGCUUCGUUUAAGUCUGAACAUCGAUCCUGAUGCAAAGGUGGAAGAAUAGCCUGAAGACGACCAGGAAGAUGAUACAACAGAAGACAUGUCAGAAGAUUCAAAACCAGAAGACGAAGAGGAAGUUGAUAUGGAUGCAGAGGAAGAAGAAGAAACAAAGAAAAAAACUCCAAGUGGAAAAGAUGAAUUGUAACUCUCACCAUUGGAAUCCACUGUGUCCAGUGUAGAGAGAAAAUGUGAAUUUAAACUGUUCUGUUUGGGGAGGCUUGGCAUAUUUUUUUUGUGUGUUUUUGAAUUUUUUUUUACUCCCCUCAACUGUAAAAAUGUCAGGAUUGUGGGUCACAGGAAGAAGCAAGUUUUUGUUUG